GGACAAAACCUUGGCCAUGGAACGCCAUAUGAUUUUUGUUUGUCCCGAAUGUGGCCAAACGACAGAUAGUCAACAUGAAUGGCGUCAACAUCUAAACACCGUGCAUGACUACAAUAAUAAGACAGCCACGGAUUUUGGUUUCCGCAUCAUCGACAAUAAAUACCAUGAAUGCCAAAUUUGCUUGAAACGUCUCACUCAUGGUCUACAUUCGUUGGUGGUGCUGCAGAAUCAUCGUUUCUCACACUUGAGUUAUGGUGGGCCGUUCAAGUGUCGUUAUUGUGCUGGGACGUAUGUCAAAAAACGGGCGCUAUCGGUGCAUUUGUUUCGUUGCCACAGUCAGCGGAUGAAUAAACUGGACAAUGAAUAUAAAAUGGAGAAAAUGCGCCAGGCCAUAACCUUGCGACAUCCUCGAUUCAACCGAGAGUUCUUUAUGCGUUUCAUUUGUCCACAGUGUGGCAAAUUAUUUCAACGUUUCAACGAGUGGCUGGAACACAUUGAUAUGGAUCAUGUGGGCACAUCGGAAGCCCUUAAUAUGCAUCGCAUCAUUCACACGCGUGAUUAUUAUUGUAGUGAUUGUUCGCUGACUUUGAAGAAUGGACCCACCAAGGAUCAGCUGCGACGUCAUCGCUUUAGUCAUCUACCCUACUCUGCAUACUUUCAGUGUGCAUUUUGUGUCACCCAAAAGUCGUUUAAAACGGAUUUAUUCCUGCAUUUCAUUCGUUACCAUAGAGGGGAAUUUUUGAAAAAUAAAAAAUACAUAUGUCCACCCAAUGAAUGGGCUGGUCCGGCCAGGGCAAUGACAUUGAGGCAAAUACAAAUUUUUAUGGCCGAUGAGAGGCCAGAGGUGAUUGAAAGGAAAAUACAUUCCAAAGUUCCUAAACCGGAUGUCAACGACCUACAGAGGUCGUCUUCGUUUUGUACAACUAUAGCACCCACCAGGGUGAAUGAUAUUUUACAAAAAGCCUUAGCCGAAAGUUGUAUAGAUUUGGAACAAGAACAAGAGGAGGCGGAGAGUGAAAUUGCCAUUGUAAAUAACUAUGAAGAAUUCGAUGACAACGAUUUGGAAGCAAUUUGCCUGGAAAUGUUUGAAGAACUGCCCGAAGAAAAUGAAUGCCCCGAGAAACGUUUUAAAAUCGACGAGAACGACAGCAACAACAACACAAUUGCCGAAUUACAAAGACGUGAAAUGCAAAAAUACAUUAACUACUUGUGCCCGGAGUGUCUCAAGGAAUUCGACAAUCAACCCGAUUGGCGUAAUCACGUUUUCGAUGAUCACAAUUUGGCCAAUGCCAUUAAAACGAAGUUCCAUCCAUUGAAUGCGCCCAGGACAUCAUCGUAUCUCUGUUUAUCCUGUUAUCAGGUACAAAAAACUACCAAACACGUCGACCUGCAACGACACUACUUUCAACAUAUGCCACAUCAGAGCUAUUUGAAAUGUAAUCUGUGUCAGAAAACGAAAUCCAGUAAAUCGAGAAUGCUGCAGCAUUUGGAUUUCAUACAUCGCAUUAAGAUGCCCUUCGCCACCACCAAAGUACAAUGCUUGGAAUGUGAUAUUAUAUUUGAGGGAUCAUUGCGGGAACAUUUGAAACAAUGCACUGCCCACCUAAAGCCAUUAUCCAUAGCACAAUAUGAUAAUAUUGCGAAGAAUACGAAAAUAUUGGAACAUUUGAAAAAGGCUAGUCAACGUUUAGAUAAAACGUUAUUGGAAUUAGGUAUAGAUCCUAGUCAAUUCUAG